AGGAACAUGCACCAGAGAGUGCAGCAGAGAAGGAGAGGGAGAGAGGAUGUAGCCUAGCUCUAGCCAGAGCAGCAUCACCCUGACUAACCGCUGAAUCUCAGUAAUGCAGCAGAAUCAAUGGCCCAACUAAAGAAAGGCACCAUGGCUGUUGGAUUGAGGCCAGUGAUUUUGCUGCUUUUGCUGCUCUGCUGUUGGCAACUUGCCUCAAGUAAAGAAGGAAAAUCCACAAAGAAAGGAAAAAAAGGAAAGCAAGUUGUCUGUCCAUCGCAGUUGUCUCCAGAAGAUUUGGCACAGGUUCCAGCUAACUCUACCUCCAACAUUUUGAAUCGUCUGAUGGUCAGUUAUGACCCAAGAAUAAGACCUAACUUUCAAGGUAUCCCAGUUGAGUCCAGAGUGAACAUCUUCAUUAACAGCUUUGGGUCUAUCCAGGAGACGACUAUGGACUACAGAGUAAAUAUAUUUCUUCGACAAAGAUGGAAUGACCCUCGUCUACAGCUUCCUACAGAUUAUAAGAGUGAAGCACUAACUGUUGAUCCCAAAAUGUUCCAGUGUUUAUGGAAACCAGAUCUUUUCUUUGCAAAUGAAAAAAAUGCAAACUUUCAUGAUGUCACACAAGACAAUAUACUGCUCUUCAUCUUCAGGAAUGGAGACGUCCUGAUCAGCAUGAGGCUGUCGGUGACACUGUCUUGUCCCUUGGAUCUUACGCUUUUCCCAAUGGACACACAGCUAUGCAAGAUGCAGCUGGAGAGUUUUGGCUACACCACCAGUGAUCUUGUGUUCAUGUGGCAGUCUGACCCAGUUCAAAUGGAUGAGAUUGCUCUCCCACAGUUUGACAUCAAGCAAGAGGAUAUAAAAUAUGGAAACUGCACAAAGUACUACCAAGGAACAGGAUACUACACCUGUGUCGAGGUUAUAUUUACGUUGCGACGGCAGGUCGGUUUUUACUUGAUGGGAGUUUACGCUCCAACACUGUUGAUUGUUGUUUUGUCCUGGUUGUCAUUCUGGAUCAACCCUGAUGCCUCAGCUGCAAGGGUGCCACUAGGUAUUUUGUCAGUGCUUUCGCUAUCCAGUGAGAGCAUGUCCUUGGCUUCAGAGCUACCAAAGGUUUCCUAUGUAAAGGCUAUUGAUAUUUGGCUCAUUGCCUGUCUGCUCUUUGGUUUUUCAUCCCUGGUGGAAUAUGCUGUAGUCCAGGUGAUGCUGAACAGUCCUAAACGGAUCGAAGAGGAGAAAGCCAAAAUGGCCACAAAAGAAAAAGCUUUGAAGGAGAAAGAAGGAAAGAAGCCUUUAACUAAACCUAACAACACCAUCAAUGGCACUGGUGGAACACCAAUGCACGUCAACACUCUGCAGGUGAUCACAACUUGGGUCGUUGAAACCCGCUGUAAGAAAGUUUGCACUUCGAAGUCUGACCUUCGCUCCAGUGACUUCAGCAUCGUGGGAUCUUUACCUCGAGACUUUGAACUUUCUAACUUUGACUGUUAUGGUAAACCAGUUGAAGUUACAGGGGCCCUCAAAUCCCAAAACAAAGCCAACAAGAAACCACCACCACCUAAACCUGUCAUACCGGCAGCUGCUAAGCGCAUUGAUCUUUAUGCAAGAGCCCUUUUUCCCUUCUCUUUCCUCUUCUUCAAUGUUGUCUACUGGUCAAUCUAUCUGUAAGAGGAAGAAGAAGAAAGUGAUUUGUAUCUUGGGUACAGAGCGGACAGUGCUGACAUUAAAAGUACACUUUUCUUUGAUAAAUCAUAUAGUAAAUUUAUAUUUAGGUCAUUCCAUUAAAAAAAAAUCUGUUUAAUCAGAUAAAAGUUCCCACCUUACUCUGUCAGAAACAGCUUUCAUGUACAAUAUUUUUAGUAUUUUCAAGGAAGCAAUGAAUAAUAUUACCUUCAUCCUGUCAAUAUUUUCCAAGGUACAUGGAUGCUUGAAAUUUCAUUUGUAAGUGUCAACUCAACCUAUGGGUUAGAUAUCGGGUUAAAGCAAGUUAUAUCAUGGAAGGUCUCCUUUUUACCUACAUUUUCAACCUGUUCACAUCUGCUAUACAGGUAUACAACACAAAAACUGGUGGGUUGUUUGUUUGUUUGUUUUUUUUAACAAUGGAUAUGUGCCAUAAAACAAGCUAUUGCAGAAAUCCACCAUAUGUGAUGAAAUUAGAAAUGACUGCAACUAGAACAUGUUUCCAACAAACUAACAGUAAUCUCUGAGCAGUCUUACUCGUUCAGCAGUGUUGAUGCUCCAAGGAAACCAUGCCUAUCACAGCUUUAUUCCAGUCGAUCAAAACAGACUGGAAACUGUCAGUUUGUCUGGUGUCAAAAAUACAACCAUUAUGAAGGCUGGAUUUAUUAUUGCCAGAAGUUCCUACACAAGAUUGCACGUCGUUGCUAACUAACAACUCUUUUUUUCUGUUUAGAGCCAUGUUUGCAAAGCUGCAAAAACCAGUGUGGUUCCCGGGUAUAACUGCAAAUUUUCACAAAUAUAAAACUUAGCGUCCUAUUGCUUGAGUUCCCUUAAAGCCUGUAUAUUAAGUAGGCACUGCAUGUUUGUCUUUGUGUAAUACAGGACAUUGUGCUAGUUAUAACCUAAAUUAUGCAGUUUAAAAUAUAACUGUAUCCUGUGCAUUAGAAAUAAAUGCUUUUUAUUGAGGGUAACAUUACUGGUCACACUUCAUGCUAAAGGUAUAGUAUUCUAGAGUGGCCAAUGUGGAUGAGAAUCGAGAAAAAGAAGGUUCUCUACAAGAACCGGUUCCUAGUAGUCCAAUUCCUUGGAAUUGUUAGUCUGCCUGCCUGUCAAUCCCGCUUAUCAGUUCUGGCAUGUAUUCUACAAUUAGCUGAUUUCAGUUAUGGAGGAGCAAAUUGUAGGGCAGUUUCCAGCGUGGAUACGAACAUAAUUUUUAUUUUUAUUGCAAAAAAAGGAAGUGCAAACUGCAUCCAGGACAGAACAGGUUGUUGCUAAUAUAACAGCAUGCAAAUGCUAAGCUAUCCAAGAUCCCAGAGCGAUGCUAAGCUGAGUGAAUGCUGAUCCCAGCCCAUGGCUGAGCCAUCACUUGUGAGCUGCCGUGAAGCCAGCUGCCACUGAACUUCAUCCAGUAACAAACAGAUGAGCAGUUAGGCUGCAGGCUUCGUUUCUACCUGUUUUUAUUUAUAUAUUUAUAUUUAUUUAUAUAUUUAUAUAGCCCAAAAUCACAACAAUCUGUUCAUGUUUCUGAAGUAGAAUCAACAUGGAGAUCACUUAAAAGUCUCUUUGUGCUUGUUUUCAUUUUUUUUGUGCUGUAGGCUUUGUGUUCAUACCUAAAUACUAAGAGAAAUAUUAUAUGUGUCCUCAUUAGGGCAGGGAUUUGUGUUGAUGUGUGGGACUGUAAAUUCAGGUUUAUAUUGGCAAAUGGUAAUUAUGAGACAAUAUGUUUUCGUUCAUUUGACCGAGAAAUGCAGUUAUAAUGUAACAAAUAGUGUAACAAAGUACUUCCUCCUCCUUUUGAGUAAUGACCCCUGAUCGUAACAAAGAGUGGAAAUACCUCCAACAUCCACAAAUAUUUGACCCACCGGAUGUAAUUAAUUUGCAUGAAAGUAAUGUCUUUGACAUGGUGCUUAGAGAUGUUGGUGACUCUGAAAAUGAGAAUGGAUACGGGAAUCGAAUCGAUAAGUGAAAUCAAUCAUGAAAUCCCAUCCCUAGUGGCGAAUAAUAAAUAAAAUAAAUUCCAUGAUGAAAAUAUAAUCCAAAGGGAAUAAAAAAUGUAAAAAUAUUCUUCUGCAAUUUCCCUGUUGUUUCAAGUUUGACAGUAGAAGCAUGAUUAAAUUUAUUUAUAUUAUAACAGUCUUAAUUUAGACAUUUUAUUGGCACCAUAUUGAAAAAAAAGAAACAUUUUAAUGUUUUUAAUUAGAUGCCGUGUUUUCAUAUUAAGGUAAAAAAAAUCCAAGUCAUAUUAGAUUCACGGCCUUUUUUUCAUCACUGCGUCAGCGCAACAGAGCCAGACUGGAAGGCUGACACUUGUUACUAAGACUAAUCUUUUUAGUGGUUGUGAUUGUGGAAGUCCUGUGAUCCUUGUGCUUUUAGAUCUUACUGCAGCGUUUGAUACUCUUGACCACAAUAUUCUUACCUCUCGUUUGGAACACCUGGUUGGCACCAAAGGUGCAGCACUGGAUUGGCUUCGUUCAUAUUUGAGUGGCAGAACGUUUAGUGUUAAAGUUGAAAAUUUGGAGUCCACCUCAGCCCCCCUUCCUUGUAGGGUGCCUCAGGGCUCAAUCCUUGGCCCUCUUCUUUUUUCAUUAUACCUGGUCCCUUUGGGGUCUAUUUUUAGAAAACACAAAAUAUCCUUUCACUGCUAGGCAGGCAACAGCCAAAUUUAUUUGCCUUUAGCACCAAAUGGCCCAGGCUCCAUCCAAAUCCUUUUGAACGGCCUUGAAGAUGUCAAAGCUUGGAUGGCUCUGAACUUUUUGAAUUGCAAUGAGAGUAAAACGGAGGUGAUUGUAUUUAGACCUAAUAAUAUUUCAUGCAACCCGCUUAGAAAUUGUGGUUGGCUAGGGUCUUAUAUCAAACAGCAUGUGACAAAUUUGGGAGUCAUUAUGGACUCAGAUUUUAAAUUGAACAAACAUAUUAGUUCUGUGUUGCAACAAAGCUUUUUCCAGUUGAGGCAAAUAGCAAAGCUGAAGCCAGUUUUGUCAAAAUGUGACAUGGAGAAGGUAAUACAUGCCUUUAUUUCAACAUGGCUUGACUACUGUAAUGCACUUUAUGUUGGAGUCAGCCAAGGGUCUCUUGCACGUCUUCAGCUCAUUCAAAAUGCUGCUGCCCGCCUCUUGACUGGUACCCACAGGCAUGAACAUGUAAUACCUAUCCUGUCCUCUCUUCAUUGACUUCCUGUUCAUGACAGAUUACUUUCAAAGUCCUAACGCUGGUUUAUAAAUGCCUUAAUGGUCUUGCUCCCCCAUACCUUUCCAAGUUGCUUCAGCCUUAUAUUCCUUCGCAGACCCUUAGAUCAGCUGACCAGCUGCUGUUGGUUGUCCCAAAAUCUAGGCUAAAACAUAGAGGAAAACGAGCCUUUUCAAUUAUGGUCCCCAAGCUUUGGAAUACGCUCCCUUUAAAUAUUAGACAGGCAUCUUCGUUUCCUGUUUUUAAGUUGCUUUUGAAAACACACCUUUUUUCGAUAUUAUGUGUAUUAUUAUGUUUUUAUGUGAGUGUCAGUGGUUUUAUCUUGUGUUUUACCCUUUUGUUUCUGUUCAGCACUUUGGGCAAACCUUUCGUUUUUAAAUGUGCUAUAUAAACAAAUUGGAUUUGGAUUAAAAUACACUGCUCAAAAGAACACGUUUUAAUCAGAGUAUAGCAUCAAGUCACUUAAACUUCUGGGAAAUGGAUCUGGUCAUUUAAAUAGCAGCAAGGGUUUUUAAUCACUAUCAUCUGCUUUGGUAUUUAUGAAAGUGAACCUGUUACCUAAAAUUCCAUUACCUUACAUAAAAUUUAACUUGGUACUGGGUACAGGGGGUAAUCUACUAGUCGGACGAUUGGUGUUUCGAUUCCUGGCUGCACCAUGUGUAUGCCAAAGUGAGGAAGAAGAAACACUUCUAUCAUGGGAAGCUCCCAGCAGCCCAGGGCUAUUGCAGUAAAACUAAGUGAGGAUCAGAGUCACCUGAUUCAGCCUUAACUAUAUGCUAUAUGGUAGAGAGGGUGUCUUUCUCCCAAAUCCGAACUGGAAGCUGGUUCCACAGAAAAGGGGCCUGGAAAGUGAAAGGCACUGUCUCCCAUUUUACUACCCUAGUAGUCAAAGGUAAACUAGCAGUCUGAAAACAAAUGCUCUAUUGUGGAGCCUGGGUCCUCAAGACCUUGUAUGUGAGGAGCAGGAUUGUGAAUUCAAUUUGGGAUUUAACAGGGAGCCAAUGAAGAGAAG